AUGGCAAACAAUGCAAGUCUUCCAAAUUUAACUUUCAGCGCGUUAGGGUAUCUCUGUACAGAUCACGCUUCCAAAGAAGUCAUCCUCGCUGCUGGCGCACUUGGUACCCCGAAGAUCUUGAUGCAUUCUGGAAUCGGCCCUGCCGGUCAACUUGAAAAUUUCCAGAUAUCAGUUGUCGAGCACCUUCCAUCAGGGGGUCAAGGUCUUGAAGAUCAUCUUUAUGUUCCUCUCUGCUUCCAACGGAAGCCAGAAACGAAUGAUCGAAAUGCCUUCUUCGGCGACAAUGCCGCCAUGGACCGAGUCAUGGCGCAGUGGAUGAAGGACGGGACCGGGCCAUGGACACGCUACUCGUGUCAGGUCGCAGCUGGCUUCUUCAAAUCAGACAAUCUCCUCGCGUCGGCAGAAUUUCAAGCGCUUCCGCCAUCUGUUCAAGACUUUCUGAAGCGGGAGACGAUGCCACACUACGAGUUCUUGACUCAUUUCUCUAUGCACUUCGUCUUUCUUGGGGUUGUUAAAGACUCCAGCUAUGUCUGCCUGGGAUUGUUUCUCCUGAACGAACAAUCCAGCGGCGAAGUCCGCCUCCAGUCGUCGAACCCAGACGACCCGCCGUUUUUUGAUCCCAAGUACCGUUCCCAUCCCUUUGAUCGCCGCGCUUGUAUCGAGAUUCUUCGUGACGCACUCCAAGUGACCAAGCACGAGUCAUUCCUGAAGGACACCGUGGCCCCAAUGGUUGUGCCGGCUUCCGAAUCCGACGAUGACCUUGUCGAGUUCUGGAAGAACAACCUCAGUUCAGUCUGGCACAUGUCGGGGACACUCAAGAUGGGCAAACCUGGUGACCCAGGCGCGGCAGUGGACAGCCGAUUCCGCGUGUUCGGCAUCGAGAAUUUGCGCGUGGCGGACAUGAGCGUUGUGCCAGUUCCGCUGAACACCCACUUGCAGGUUCCCGCGUACAUGAUCGGUAUGACUUGCGCAGAGGUGUUGAUCGAGGAAUAUGAUCUUAAUAGUGUAAAGUAG